AUGGGCAUGGCAGCAGAAGAAGUCACACAGUUUCAUGUUUUAGCUGUUGAUGAUAGUUUGAUUGACAGAAAGCUCAUUGAGAGGCUUCUUAAAACAUCUUCUUUUCAAGUUACUACAGUUGAUUCUGGUAGCAAAGCUUUAGAAUUUCUUGGUUGGGAAGAAGAUGACAGAAACAACCCAAAUGAGACUUCUGUUUCUCCCAAAAAUAAUCAGGAUGUGGAAGUAAAUCUUGUUAUUACAGACUAUUGUAUGCCAGGAAUGACAGGCUAUGAUUUGCUCAAGAAAAUGAAGGAAUCUUCAUCCUUGAGAAACAUACCAGUUGUUAUUAUGUCCUCUGAGAAUGUUCCCUCAAGGAUCAAUCAAUGCUUAGAGGAAGGAGCAGAAGAAUUUUUGCUAAAGCCAGUGAAGAAAUCAGAUAUAAACAAGCUUAAGCAGCACAUGAUUAGAAGCAAAUGCAAAGAUUUUGAAAAGCCUGAAAAAAAGGAAGAAAAGCAAGAAGAAUCAGCAACAGCGACAUCAACAGCAACAGCAGAAGCAUCUGAAAAUAAUCAAUUACAGACAGCACAGUCCAAUAACAAGUGGAAAGCCAUUGAUGAAAGCCUUUCUGUAGACAGAACAAGGCCCCAACUUAGUGGCCUUACUUUGAACCUAUCGGAAUCUACUGAAAGAUCCAUUGCAGAAUGUAUAUGGAUUGGGGGAUCCGGAAUGGAUCUCAGGAGCAAGGCCAGGGCACAGAAUUUUAGCAUUACACAUACGAAACCCAAGAAAGUUUCAGGUGUUUUACAUAACGGUGACAUGAAAAAUUAA